CAGAGUUUAAUGAAAGUCAGAUAAUCGAGGUGCACAUUUUUCUGCUCCAUCCUGUGAUUUUAUUCCAAAUUCUUUCAAAUCUUCAAGGGAUGAGGGAUGGGAGAAAGCCCAGACCUCUACUGCCUUCUCAUAGUUUCCAAGUUUAGCGGGACCCUUUAGGUAUAGGAAGGCUGACACUUGCACCUGCCGGCGCCUGCAGGGCCUGCCAGAGGAGAAGGAAAGAGCCUGGAAACUCAGGCCGGCCGGGGGCGCUGGGCUCAGUGCAGAGGCCGCUGAGUCGGGGAGAGGGAAGACCGGCAGCGGGAUCGUUCCCUGGGGACCCUUAACAGCCCGGGCGCUCGAAUCGGGUGGGCGUUGUCCCUGCCUUCUGCACCCCGCGAUCCCGCGCGAUCCCGUCUGGGUGCCCGAGCAGCCACCAGCGCUUUGGUCCAAAGCGAGCAGUUCCCGCCGCGCCGCCCGCCGCCAUGGAGCCCGGGCCGCCCGGAGCCACCAGGCCCGCAGAGCCGGGGCCUCGCCUGCGCGGCGAGUGCGGCGCGGACCAGGCGGCCUCGGCCUCCUUGCUGAGCGGGGCCGAGGCCGAGCCCCAGCGGCGCGCGCUGGCCGUGGCGGCCGUGCUGCCGGCGGGGGGGUGCGGGGAGAGGAUGGGCGUCCCCACCCCGAAGCAGUUCUGCCCCAUCCUGGAGAGGCCGCUCAUCAGCUACACCCUGCAGGCCCUGGAGAGAGUAUGCUGGAUAAAGGACAUUGUGGUGGCAGUCACUGGGGAGAACAUGGAAGCAAUGGAGGGCAUUAUUCGGCGGUACCAGCAUAAGCGCAUCUCCCUCGUCGAGGCUGGAGUGACCCGCCACAGGUCGAUAUUCAACGGACUGAAAGCGCUGGCCCAGGAUCAGCUGGACUCGAAGCUCUCGAGGCCAGAGGUAGUGAUUAUCCAUGACGCUGUGAGACCGUUUGUCGAGGAAGAUGUCCUCUUUAAAGUUGCCGCAGCUGCUAAGGAACAUGGGGCAGCGGGAGCCAUUAGACCUCUUGUGUCCACUGUCAUCAGUCCAUCCCCGGACGGUUGCUUAGACCACUCACUGGAACGCGCCCGACACAGAGCAAGUGAGAUGCCGCAGGCCUUUCUGUAUGAUGUGAUCUAUGCAGCAUAUCAGCAGUGUAGUGACUACGACCUGGAAUUUGGAACUGAGUGUUUGCAGUUGGCUCUAAAAUAUUGUCAUGUUAAAGCCAAACUUGUGGAAGGAUCACCUGAUCUCUGGAAGGUGACCUACAAACGCGAUUUGUAUGCAGCUGAAUCGAUUAUUAAGGAAAGAAUUUCACAACAGAUUUGCAUAGUUAUGGAUACCAAAGAAGAUGAAGAACAUGUAGGUCAUCAUCUUGAAGAAAUGCUGAAAAAUGAAUUAAAUCAUCUGAAAGUUACAUCCGUGUCUCUGUGUCAUGCUGGCAGAGACCUUCAGCAAGUCAUCUUAGAGCAAUGCUACAAUUUUGUUUGUAUGAAUGUUAUGACCUCUGAAUUUGAAGAAACCAAGAAAUUACUGAAUACACUUAAAGAGAGUAAUCUUUCAAUUUUGUAUCCUGUUGUUGUUAUUUCAGUGCAUUUUCUUGAUUACAAAUCAGUACCUGUUGAUCAGAAAAUGGAAAACCUAAUGCAGAUCAGAGAACUAGCGAAAGAAGUAAAAAAAAGAAAUAUUUUACUGUGUGGUCUUCUCAUAUUUUACCCACAGGACAAGCAGAAGCUACAGGAGAGUGUAAGGCAAAGUGCCACUAUCAUUACCACCUUCAUCAAAGAAAGAAACUCUGGAUUCAUUGGUCAGCUUCUGGUAGCAUGAAGAACACAGAGAAAAUUACCUACUGAGCUUAUAGAAACAUUUAUCUAAGUACUGUAUCUCUUUUGUGCUUCUCUCCUUAUUGUAUGUGGUAGAAUGUUUAAGUUGUCUUUUAUGUUUCACAGUUUAUAGAAUAUCAUGCUCGGGUUAUAAAAGUGGAUCAAUGUUUAUAUCUGUGAAAUUAAAAUUUACUUUUUGUGAAUGUCUAAUAUAAAUUGCCUGAACCAGGAAAGAGUAUAUAAGUGGAAAAUAAUAGCCCUCACAUAAUCUUUUCACAAAAGCAUGAAAGAUCAAAUAGAAAUAAUGAUGGGUGAGCUAAUCCUCCAAGGAAUGAGAAUUUGGAAAUCUUGAACUAUUAUCUCAUGCUAAUUAAUAAAUGACACUAAACUGAAAUUAAUAGAUAAGAUUCAGAAUUAUUCUUAAUUCUAAAAUUGUCCUCUCACCAUGAGAUACUGACUUGUGUUCUUAUUUUCCAUGCCUUAAAACAGUAAAAUAAAACAGUAGAUAGGGAAUUCUGGUUCAAAUAUCUUCACCAUUGGUCCUCACAUUACUCAAGAUCCCUAAACCAGAUGUAAUAUGCUCCUUGAUUUAAUGUAAUUUUUACUCAUUUUAAAAAGCUUUCUGGGUUUUCUGAAUGAAUUUUAAAGAAGCCUGGGAAACUUCGUAAAAGUGAAGUUAUUCUGGUCAACCUCAUGUUAGUCUUUUAAAAAUCAGGAAGUCAUUGUAUGUCCAAGAACAUAAUUAUUCGUUUGAUAUAGAUGCUGCUCCAUAAAGCAGGUUUUUAUUCUUUCAAAUUUCCACCGGUAUAUACAUCUUACAUAGUAGUGAUUUCCCCUAUAUUAACUGCAUUGUAUAAUUAUGUACAUCCAGUCAUUAGGGAUGCCUUUUAUUCCAUAUUUACAUGUGCUUUCUAAAAUCACAUUAGAUCAGAUUAUUCCAGGAUUUAGGCUGCACAUGGAAACUAUGAAAGUUGCACAAAAUAUUUCCUAUAACAUAUCUACCUUGUGGAAUUUCUUUUUAACAUGUGGGAUAACUUUUCCUAUACUCUCAAGUGCGACUAUUAGCAGGGGAGUUUGUACUUCAUAUGGAAGUGGUGGCGAGUAGAAGGCAAUGGACGUGGGGUAAAUACUGCAAUCCAUUCCUCUAAAUGAAAUGCGAUUUUUUACUUUCUAUCCAUGUUCCUGGGCUUGCCCCCCCUCCCUCUCUCUCUCUCCCUCUCUCUCUCUCUCUCUCUCUCUCUCUCUCUCUCUCUCGAUGUUCAGAAAUAAAAAAUAAAUCAUUUAAUUCGAAUCCUGAGGGUGGAUGUAUACGGGCAAUGUGUGAAUUUUGGGUAGAAGGUCUAUGUUGUUUAGGUGGAGGGUCAGCUGUGUUGUGAAAGGUUCACACCUUCUGCCUAUUGAAGUCUUUGGGUGAAAAUGUUUUUAAGAAUUUAAAGUUGUUUAUAAAGGCAAAUGGGGAAAUGUUAUCAGGGUUUUAAAGGGAGGGUGAGUGUCUUCAAGUUCAAGGCAGGGAAGGCGUAUCUAUGGCACAACAAAACCACUGUAUGGACCGAGUGCUGGCUGAGUACCUUAGAUUCAGCCUAAUAAUGGAAUGUUACGCCAGACAAGAAUUUAUCUGGGAGUAAUCAGUAUGACUUUACCCUAGGCAAUUGGAAACAUUUAGUGUAAUGAGGUUUAGCUAAUAAAAUAUUAAAUUGUGUCUAAACUAAUCACUACCAUCAUCAUCACCAUCAUCAUAAAAUUUUAUUUUAUUUUUUUCUUUAUAGUUUACAAGUGAUUCACAGCCUUGGAAACCAUUUAAUGAAAUCCCCCCACAUCUUUUACAGUUUAGAUGGGAAGGGAUGCUCAGGAGUCUUAACUACCUUGCCCAAAGCCAUGUGGCUGCCUAGUAACAAAAACCAGGGCUUAAAGUCAAAACCACUGUAAACCGUGAUUGCUGGAGAGGGACACCUGGCAGAGAGGCUGUGUGUGGGAAGUCAGCCAGAGGCUGGGGUGAGCACUGGGGGAUGGACAGAAGGGGCAGCUCUGCCCAGUUACCAGAGGAAAGUCUUGAAGCGUUUGUUUUUAAUUUUGAUGUUUGAUUUUAGAGAGAGGGGAAGGGAGGGAGAAAGACAGGGAAAGAAACAUCAAUGUGGGAGAGAAACAUCGAUUGGUUGCCAUAUGAAUUCGCUCUGACCAGGGGCCAAACCUACAACCUAGACAAGUGCCCCAACCAGAAUCCAGUUGGGGACCUUUCCGUUUGUGGGAUGGCACCCAACGAACUGAGCCGCAUCAGCUGCAGCAGUCCUGAAGCUUUGGGCCUUCUAGCCAUCUUUCCAGCUUGCAAAAAUUGUACCUAAGGGUGAAGGGAGUUGAGGGAAUUAUUGACCAGGGGAGAAAGAUAAAUUAGCUGUUUCUAUUAUUUAAGAGAUCCAGAGGCUUCCUUUCAGGAAAACUGUCUAUUGUCACUUUAUUUCCAAAAGCCAUUAAAAAUAAUAGUAAUUAUUCCUCAGGUUCCUGAAAUUGCUUUCUACUUGGGGACAAUUUUGUAAAAAGACUUUCUUUUUCCUGAACAUAUGCUAUCUCAUUAAAUGCAAUUUAAAGAUAACCUUUUUAGGAAUUUAACAGUUUGACCAAUGAUUUUAUUAAUGACAUAUUGGUAGGAGGUAGUCGUUUUUCUCAUUAAAGUGCUCAAUUUGAGAGAUAAUGUGCUGCAUGUAUACUCAUUUACAGAUAAAAUUCAGACCCGUAUAUUCUACCCAGAGCCAUUCUUACUGUGGCCAGUUUAAACAUUUUGCAUUGGUUUAACAAAAAAGUGUUUUUUUCCCAUGCUACUUUAUUAUAAUUAUAAUCACUUUUUCCUUUAUAUGUAUUAACCCAAUGAUUAUUUUAUAAAAUCAAGUUGCAAUACAGUAUUUUUUAAUAUUGAAUCUUCAAAUUUUAUUUCCUUUUAAUGUUUAAACUAAUUAUGUCAAAAUCAUAAUACUUUAAUAAAAAUGUAAAGAAAGCCAUGUGGAAAAAGAAAAUUUGAAGUUAUUUUAAAAGUUUAAUUCAAAAAUAAACAAUAAAUGAAAAAUGCAUAUCAAUUUAGUAUUAGUAUGAUUUAAAGUAAGUGGCUGUGUAAGUGGUUUUGGCAUUGUAACAUUUAUAUAUGUUCUUAAACAUUUUUAGUUUCAAAAUGGUGAAAAUGUAUGGAUAUUUUUAAAAUGAAAAGUAACAAAUCACUGUUAAAGAUUCUCAAUAUAUUCUCUUCACAAAACAAAAGUAAUUAAUAAAUAACUAAAUAAACCAUUGAUAUUUUAAAAUCAAAUGUCAAUUUUCAUUAUAUUUAUUGUAUAUGUGGUACAGAGAAAUCUGAUCAGAUCACUGGGGCGGAGAAGGGAGGGGCCGUAGGAAGAGGUUGCCCAAGGCCAUGAUAAACAGUUUAUGAAGGGGCUGGAGGAGAAGCUGAAUGCUUCUGGGUUGCCUGGGAUUAUGGGCCAGAAGAUU